GGAGGAUGUCGACCCGGCUGCGGGGACAAGCUCCGGGCGGGCCACUUGCGUCCAUUCGGCCGUUCCUCGCCAAGUCGCCCUGCACCUGCUGCCCCCUGCACCCAUGAAGCCCCCGCUGAUGAAGCCCCGAGCUGCCAGAGUGAGGCGGAAAGUGGCCGGAGACAGAGAGCAUGUACUGGCGCGUCGGGUUUGCCUGGACGCGAUCGUGUGUGGUUGAUCUUGUCCAGAACCAGAGCUUCUCUUCCGGCCUGCUAGGCUCUGAUGAGCAGCUCUCGUUUUAUGGGUACAUCAUCGCCUACCCUCUGCAGGACUACGGCGGGAUCAUGUCGGCGUUGGGCUCGGACUCGUGGUGGCGAAAGACUCUUUAUUUGACCGGAGGGGCACUGCUGGCUGCCGCUGCCUAUCUUCUGCACGAACUACUGGCCAUCAGAAAGGAGGAAGAGCUGGACUCUAAAGAUGCAAUCAUACUCCACCAGUUCUCCAGGCCCAAAUCUGGCGUCCCUUCCCUGUCCCCCUUCUGCCUUAAAAUGGAGACCUACCUCCGCAUGGUGGACCUGCCCUACCAGAACUACUUUGAUGGGAAGCUUUCACCACAGGGAAAGAUGCCGUGGAUCGAGUACAACCAGGAGCAGGUGUUUGGUACCGAGUUCAUCAUCGACUACCUAGACGAGCGGCUAGGCGUCAGCCUCAACAAGAGCCUGACGCCGCAGGAGAAGGCUGUGUCUCGUGCCAUUACCAAGAUGGUGGAAGAGCAUUUCUACUGGACCAUUGCUUACUGUCAGUGGGUGGAUAACCUGGAGGAGACUCAGAAGAUGCUGUCAGUGAGCGGGCCACUGAGCGACCUGCUCAAGUGGAUCCUGAGUCACCUGACGGGCGGGAUCUUGAAGAGGGAGAUGUACGGCCACGGGAUCGGACGCUUCUCCGAGGACGAGGUCUACGCCCUGAUGGAGAAGGACAUGCGCACCCUGGCCACUUUACUAGGUGAUAAGAAGUAUCUUAUGGGCUCCAAGCUUUCAACAGUAGACGCCGCAGUGUUCAGUCACCUGGCCCCUGCUAUGUGGACACUACCAGGAACGCGGCCAGAGCAUCUGAUCAAAGGUGAGCUUAUCAACCUGGCCAUGUACUGCGAGCGCAUCCGCCGGCGAUUUUGGCCCGAGUGGUUCGUGGACCUGGAGGACUUCUGCUACAGCGACACCUCCGAGGACAGCAACUCCAAACUCCCCGACCUGGGCCUGUACUCCCGCACGGACACCUUCCAUGACGACACACACACACACACUUCACAAACGCACUCACCAAAGGACCCUUUGUCUCCCGACAGCGACCCUACGGGUGUCUCGCUGUAUGACUCUGACAUGGACACGGAGUGCUCUGAAAUGGACAAGUGUUGACGAAACAUCCACGUGUAGAAACACACUAGAUAGAUUGCACACCACAGGGGGGGAGCUGCGUCCCACCUGUAAGCCCCACUUCCUCUGAACAGAAAAUCUCUGGGGAGGAGGGUUGGCGUCACCUGUGACAGUGGAGAAGUUUGAGGACGUUGUGGUGGAGGAAUGAUUGGAACACAAGGAGAGAAGAAGAUGGAAAGAGAAGGAUUCAAAAAUCAGGAGUAAAUGACGCCCUGCUGAGAAACUCCUCCAUGUGGUCAUAUGCAGUGACAACUCCUACUUGUUGUCACGUCCCGUCCCCCCGCCCGUCGUCCUUCGUAGCAACCUCACACCGUCCAGCCUUGUGUGUGUUUGACUAACUGAACCCUAAACGCCUUGUAUUGAUAUGACAUCGACUAACUGUACAGAUAUUCAUGUGAAUGGAUACAACUCAAUGUAAAUAUAUAAAUGGAGCAGAUUUAUUAGAUAUAAUAUAUAUGAGAAUACUUAGUAUAGUUAGCCUGCAUAUAUAGAGUCACCCCCUCUGUCAUACGGUGUAAAUACUGUAGGUGUUUCUUCUAUGUGUCGGACACAAUGACUCAAAGUGUCUGUAGUAGUCUACAUGAAUACACUCUGCUGGUCCAGGAUCAGUGUGAGCCACCCUGUGACCUCCUGUGCUGUGUCCGUCUACACACCUGCGAAAUGACAGUAAUGCCUGCUGCCCGUAUUUAAAUAGUGCAGAAAGAAACUGCAAUCUGCCAUUAGCACUUAUCUUUGGUCUUAUUUAGACAAUUAUUUUUGCCAAAAAGGAACAUUUGUCCCCAAGUUGGAAGAGUAACGGACGACAAACAGUAUAUUGUCAUGGAGGAGGGUAGCUUUAGGUCAUUUUAACCUGCAUUCAAGCAUUGAGCGAGAGUUAUGCAAUCAUGUAGAAAUAGAUGCAAUAGACCUUUUGAAUUAAAGUGCAUGGCUGGAACUUGCAAAUGAAAAUCUCCCUUUAAACUUACCUUUAAUGAUGUUGUCUUCAUGUGUCAGCUGGCUUAUUCGUUCAGUUUGUUUUUCGCUGCCUCGGAUGUAGCCAAUUGAGCCUGUUAAAGUUAUUUUAUUUUCUAGCAGUUCUGUUUUUUUACAGAGACUAUGAUUCAAAAUGAUGGAUUGCUCAGAAAACAUGUGAAGCAAUAACGGAGCAGAUGCAAGUCGAUGUUAUACGAGUUGUUUUCGGUGUGUGAUGGUUCGGUGCAGGUUUUAUGUGUGUUUGUCACUCAGCAAAUGCACAUACCAACAUAUUGUGUGUUAAUAUGGAUGCAAGCGUGGGGUAUGCAGUGUGUUAGCUUGUGAGUCACUCCGUGUGUCAAUGAUGGCACACUGGUGACGUUUCACAGCCGAAACCUUCCCUCCCGAGCACACCUUAUCGUUCAGUCACGUUGCAAGAGGAUCCAUGUGAAUUAAUUGAAGUGUAUUUAUAUGACCAGGCCUUAAUGCAGAUAUACAGGAUUGGCAUAAAGUGUCUCAAAAAGGUGCAGUAGAGAUAUGCCAAAAAUAGGUUUAAUAUCGUUUUUCUCCAAUAGAGGGCACUGAAAAAUAUCAUGCUGAAAACAGAGCCUAGUUACAUCUCUUUUAUUAUGGAGCUUUACAUUAACGGAGUUACAAUUUAAAAAGUUUUACAGUUUUUAUAAGAAUGAAAUAUUGGCCAAAAUACGAUUUUUUUUCAAAUGCUAAAAUCAAGCAUUAGUCAGGCUCCCCUUGUGAAGAUUUGGCACAAAAAUUACAUUCAUGAGUUGAUCAUAUGUAGCAUUUUAUGUAGCAGUAUGUUUUAAAUUAAAUUAAAACCAGUUGCUGCCUCGCAGAAAAAGAAAUGAUCUUUAACCAGAUAUUUCCAAGAUAUUAAGACAUACAAAAUUAUUGCGUCAUAAUUUCAAACUUGUGUAGUUGUAUGAGAAGAAAAGCUUCUUAUUGUGAACAUGAAAAUAUCUUGUUAAAAGAACACGCUUCACUUUAAGACUGGAAACUGUUCUGUUUUUUUUUUUAUCUGCGUGGCAGCAAUCGGCUUUCCGAGGCUGUGGUCAUUUGUUUAAGAGAGACUUUAGACAGUCUGUGUUUUCUGUGGAACAAAGCAAAAGAAGAUGUCAAAAUGCAUCAAUAAGUUUGGCUUCAAUAUGAAAGCCUUUAGCGAGGAGUUGGUAAAGCUUAUAUCUGUCGCACUGCAGAUUUGUUUUAAAAAUUACAUUCUGUGUCUUAAAAAACCUUGGCCUGCAUGUUCUUGCCUUCUCAUCUAGUCAGAAACAGACUCCUUCAGCAGUUUACUUUUCAUCAGUGCCAGCCUAGCACUUAUACUUUUACAUUUCAUAUUUAUUUAUUAUUUAUUUCCUUGUUUAUAUUUAUUGAUUUUGGACGGUGGCUGUGUUUGAUCUUAAGAGACUGAAAUAUUGUUGAUUAUUUUUGCACUUUUUCUUCUUCUGUUUACACGUGUUUUCUCUUCUCUGGCCGAGUCAAUCAAGUGUAUUGAUUUGUGUAUUAGUGCAAUACUGUCGAUGCUCUGACUUCCACUGAACCAACUGCAUUUUCACGUUGCCAGUCAUUGCCGUAAUCGCAUGCAUGUCCAUGUUUAGAGAUGUCAUGUGUGGUAAAUGUUAUAUUCAUAUCAUAAUAUCGAUGUCAUUGUGUUGGGUUAUAAGUCCCUCAUUCUGCUGCAAAUGUUACUGUCACAAGUAGAAAGACCUUCAGGUUGAAACUUAAAAAAAAACAAACAUGACUGGUAAAAUAACUAAACUGACUGCUAGAGCUCAGAUCAGCUGAUGUUUAGUGUCCUUCUUGUCAUCCACAACCGGAUCUCUGUAGGCAACUUCAUCUGUCUGUGUACCUCAGAGGUCAGAGGUCAAGUCGCUCUCAUCGAGAUUUCUGCUUGUAGACUAUAGAAGCCAUAUUGUCUUGUGGUGCCGUGUGUGCUGAAACACCUGUGGAUUCUCAUCAAACUGUAAAUAGGAGAGCCAGGGGGAGGGCAAAAAAUGAUACAUAAUAAGCGAACAUGCAAAGAAUUUGCUCUGUACUUAUAUAAAAAAAAAAGAUUCUUAUGAAUGUAUCAUACCUAGAGAUAAAAAGCUGUAUGACAAUGGAUUACUCAUAAUAUUUCAUUAAAUAUUGCUGUGGUAUUUUA